ACUGCAUAUCAUUAUGGGAAUGAGGCAGUCAUUGGGAAAGUUCUCAAAGAAUAUUUUUCGUCGGGGAAACUCAAAAGAGAAGAUGUAUUUAUUACAACGAAGCUCCCCUACUUCGCGCAUGCUCCCGAGGAUGUGCCGAAAGUUGUUGAGAUGCAGUUAGAAGCUCUACAAGUUGACUACAUUGAUCUUUAUUUAAUUCAUGGUCCUGUGCCUUUCAAGAGGGAAAAAGACAAAUUCGAAUUGGCAUUUGAAAAUGGUAUGCAAGUACCUGAUCCGAUUGGUCACCUUGACACUUGGCGAGCCAUGGAGAAGCUUCAUGAUGAAGGAAAAUUGAAAGCUUUGGGUUUGUCCAAUUUCAAUGUUAAGCAGGUGCAGAACGUCUACGACCAUGCACGUAUCAAGCCUGCAAAUCUGCAGAUUGAAUUACAUAUUUAUUGGCCCCAGACAGAACUAAUCCAACUAUGCAAAAUACUCAAUAUAUCCAUCACAGCAUAUGCACCAAUAGGAUCGCCAGGUAGAAAGGGAUUCAAUCCUAAAAUGAAUUGGCCAGAUGGAGAUCCACUAACUGAACCUGUUGUGAAGGAACUCGCUAAGCUAACCAUUCCUAAAACUGUUAAACCGCAACGCGUUAAGGAAAACAUGGACAUUUUUGACUUUAGUCUUACUGAUGAAGAAAUGAAAGAACUUUUCUCGGUCAAAACUAGAGUGAGGCUACAUACUUGGGAAUUUGCUAUCGGUCAUCCAUUCUACCCCUUUGAUGAUGUUCAGCAAACGACACCCUUUUGUUUGAAACCCUGAGUGCACAU